AGUGGCACUUUUUCUACUUUCCUUCUGUCUGUUGUGAAGCGAGAGCAAAGGGAAAAGGCAGUUGACUCUGCUUCAUUAAUACAAACACCAUAAUAGAGAAAAACACACACACAGUUUAGACAUGCCGCCAAAGAAGAAGAUCACAAGGCGCAUCUUCCUCAACGCGGGCGAGGAGUAUACCUUAACGGGAAACGGCGCCAUAUUAAUCACGCUUCAGUCUGGUGUGCUGGAUGUGGCCGGCGUUAUGCUCGAGACGAAUCGGCCGUACACCUUCUAUUUACACCCCGACAGGCAGUUCAUCAUCGUCUUCACGCUCGAGGGCGGCGUCUGCGUGGUGUCGAGCGACACAAAGGUGGAUGCGCGCCGUGAUGUGGCCAGGGCCGGCAAGCUGGUCCAGAUGACCCGACGCACGCUGCUCGCAACACGACGGUCCAAAGUGCUUGUUAUUGGACGCCCCCACUGCGGCAAGACGCUCGCCGCGCACACGUUGUGCAACCUGCUCAUGCGCUACGGCAGCGACAAGAAGAGUGUUUUUCUGAUGGACCUAAAUGCGGAGUCGAACUGCCUCUACGCCCCAGGUUGUGUGUCGUGCAUUCAGGUUCCAGAUUCACCGCUCUGGCCGGGCUUAACCGCCAGCCCAACGUUGCUGCCACUGUCGUUGUAUAUAGGCGCCGCUGUCUGCCCCUCUGCCAGCAACGUGAACUCCCACUUGCACUACUACGAGCAGCUGAACGAAACGGCGAUGUCGUACGUUCAGGAGCUGCGCGGUGCUGGGGGGCGGCAGCAGCAAUCUUCUCUCUCACUGCUGCCUAACGAAAUAGUAUCGCACGUCGUAGUGGAUGCCCCGGCGCCCCUUGAAGAUCUGCAGGAGGGUGUGUGGUACCGGAAGCUGAUCGAGGUGCUGCGUCCCACACACGUGGUGAUCGUCGGAAGCCGCGAUAGUGGUGAGGAGAACUGGUCUACGUUUCUGCAGGAGGACGUGCAGCGCGUGCUGCCGGACUGUGAGUUUUUCUUCACGGACCCGGUGGCGCACCCCUGUACGAAGUCGUCGAGUCGUGAGCUACUGAAGGAGUACUUCAACGGCUCUCCUUUCUACUCCUUGGGGUGCUCGAAAGUGGUUGUCCCGCUCAAGUCACUCGUCUUUGUGGAGGAGUCGAGCGAGGGCGGUGGUCCCAGCAGCGCGGAGGCGAUGUCGAUGCGCGUCGUGCACCCCGACGAAUCGUUCCAGAAUCUCGUGUGUGCGCUGUCGCACGCGGAGCUGGUGGAGGAGGCGUCGUUGGCGCCCAUCGCUGGGCUCAUGACGGUUGUGUACGUGGAUGAGGAGAACGAGGAGGUGGCGCUGCUCCUCCCCGCCGCAGAGGAGCCGCUGCAGCGUCGCAUAGUCAUUGUGCCGCAGACGAAGUAUCGGGACACGCUGCGCAUGACGAAUGCACAGGUGACGGCGAUGGAGGAGUCUGUUGCUGUUUGA